AUGACUAGCUCUCUAUUACUCGUCGCGUUUGCGGCUACCUCACUCUCCGGCGUCAUCGCACAAGGCAUCGUUCCUCUCGUCGAUAAGAGGUUUACCUACGAUAACCUCCCGUAUCGAGUCGACACAGAUGUCGGCCAACCCCGAGGGGAGCAAAAAGGAUACAACAUAUGCAAUUCAACGACCGAAGGCCCUUCUUCGUUAUGUCAAACCGCAUUUAUCAACUCCCUAGACGAUUUCUGCCUCUGGGCACCCGCCGAACCCGGACACACCGUCGGCGAGAUCGAGGGAGAGAUGAUUGCCUGGUGCACUAAGCCCGGACAUGGCACGCGCGUCAUUCCCGAUGACACUAUCCUCGGGGUCCAAUUCACGAAGUCGCCGGAUUAUGUCCAAGUUGUGGGGUUCAUGGACCAGACGAAGAUCAAUAUGAUCGCAGGAGACGCGGGUGGAGAGAUGGACCCUCAUGGGGCGGAUAGAAGAGGAAAUCCAAUGGGAGGGUUGUUGUUCACGAACGCGUGGACGGGGGGUAUGAUUCAGGCUGUCGAAUGGCACAACUUCAACGGCGCCAACAUGUUCUGCCUCAAAGCAUGCGACCCGCGCGGGCCCCGCGCACCCCAAAUGUGCGAACACAUCUACGACACCCAAGGCUGCGGGUUCAACGCACCCUCCAACGCCCGUAGUGGGACCUUCGAAUCCUGCGCCUCCGACUCCCAGAACCCACCCGGUCAAGGGCCUGCGGUGCCGCCCGCGUCGUCGCAGUGCAGCACGUACGCGAGCACGGCGAUUUAUGGUGCAAGCGCGAGUGUGACGGUGCCUAUACCUGGAGCGGCGAGUUUGAGCUUCUCGACGACCAGAGGGGCGCCGACGACUUCGAGUACUAUGUCUACGACGAGUAGUGUGAACUCGACGAGUGGUGGCGCAGGCGCGGGUACGAGUGCGGGUGGGGGUUCGAGUGCAGGCGCGAGUGGGUCGAGGACCUCUGAUGGUCCAGCGGCGACGCAGACUCAGACGACGGGCGCUGCUGGGAGGGCGGAGGUUGCUCGUUUGGGCGUUGUUGCCGCUGUGGCGGUCCUCCUUGCGGUGGUCGCAUAG